AUGUCGAAUUUUGGAGGGCUGGAGAACACUGCUAAUCCAGAGUGGGACGGGAGGACAAGGGAAGAAGAAAUCGCUUGGAGAAAGGAGAUGCUGGCAAAGGGAGAUUUAGCUUGGCUAAAAGAGAUGCUGGCUAAACUGGUCAAGUGGCAGGCGCAAGAGAAGAAAGAGCUGGAAGAGGCACGCCUAGAUUAUGGGGAUCCCAGAGAUGAUCCGGCGGUCCGUGGAGGUAGUGGUGGUGCUGCUGCUGGUCCGAGAGAGUAA